AUGACCCGAAACGGAGGCGCGCGAAAAGCGAAAGAGGCUGCACCUGCCAAGCCUGCUGGAAAGCCAAAGCGACCACUUUCUGCUUUCUUCCUCUUCGCUGCCGACCACCGACCUCAGGUCCGAAAAGACCUCGAAAAGAACGCCAAGGAGGGCGUCAAGGUCCGAGUUGGCGACAUCUCCAAGAAGAUCGGAGUCAUGUGGAAGGCCGUCGACGAAGAAACCAAGGCCAAGUACCAGAAAAAAGCCGACGAGGAGAAAUCCAAGUACCAGGACGCCCUUGCCAAGUUCAACGCGAAACAGGACGAACCUGCUGCCGCCGCCGAGGAGUAA